AUGCCUUCACGUAAAUCGACCACGACGUCUGCCCCUCUUCCAAAGCAGAAGAAAGGAGGAAGAGCAACGAUUAGGGGUGUUUCUCCUGCAUUAGCCCCAAGAACGCGCAAAAUCAAGGAUCCAGAACACGGUUCAACCCCGACUUCGAGGGACAUCGCCCAACCAGUCAGGAAGACUACCCAAAAUAAGUCUACCGGCGGUGCAAUUGACUCCGAGAAGAAAAAUGAUGCAAGAUCUGCGGCUUCUUUGCGGACUAAUAAACGCAAGCGUUCCCUAGAAAUAGAAAAGGUCGACCAACUCACCACCACACCUCUUGACGUCUCGAAAAGGGUCAAGACCGGCCCGAUUACAUCGAGACCCCUCCUCAAGGAUGAGCAAUCGACCGAGUCCCAGCUUCCUAUCAUCAACAAAGUUCCUAUCGAAAAGCUCAUAGUCCUCGUCUUUGGCGGUGGCGAUGCUGGCGAGCUCGGCCUGGGCUCGAAGCAGACAGAGGCCCUGCGCCCGUCCAAGAACCCGCUCUUAGACGUCGAUAAUCCAUCUGCCUUGCCUUCCACGUCGUUCAACUUGCCUGCGGAGGCAUGCAUACAGAAUUCGCAAUGGGAUGGCAAGUUGCGCGAUAUAGACGCAGACUCGGAAGACGAAGAUGAAGACGGAGAGUUAAAUCCCUUGGAGUCAAAACCUAUGGAAAUUCCAAGCGACUGUUUCCCUCCAGGCACCCGAUUUGUUCAGGUCGCUGCUGGCGACAGUUGCAGUUUCGCGCUUACUGACACUGGUCUCGUUUACGGAUGGGGCACAUUCCGCGACUCGCAGGGCCACCAAGCUUUCAGGCGCGACGGUGGGAAGCUCGUUGAGAAACAAGCAAGACCUAUUCACAUCCAAGGCCUCCAAAACAUCACUCAGAUUGCUUGUGGCGUCAAUCACGCGUUAGCUCUUGAUAUUGCAGGCAAUAUCUGGGCCUGGGGCUGUAAUGAUCAAAACCAAUUCGGCCGUCAUCUUUAUGGAGCCUAUUCAGACCCUCUCACACCACGCCAAGUCCGAGUCUGUCGCAAUAAGGCUAAGUACAUUGCAUCUGGAGAGCAUCAUUCCUUUGCGGUUGAUCGAGACGAUAACGUAUGGGCUUGGGGUAUGAAUAGCUUCGGCGAAGCUGGACACACCAGAACUGCCGGCACCAACUCCGCUUUUAUAAACCCGACCAAGAUUCGCUACCUUUGUCAAAAGGAGGUCGUAGUCCUGGAUGGCGGCGCUCAUCACUCUGCGGCCGUUACCGCCAAAGGCCAAUGCUACGUAUGGGGCCGAAUAGAUGACGGGCAGCUCGGCAUCGCUUUCACUCCCGAGCAGUUACAUGAUUCAACGCUAAUCCGUUACGAUGACCGUAGCAAGCCACGUAUUUGCUUACGCCCUACCGCAAUCCCAAAUAUUCAAGACGUUGUCCAUGUUGCGUGUGGCACGGAUCAUACCAUCUUCAUCGACAGGGUCGGCAGUGCCUACUCCACAGGUUACGGCUUCCAGGGUCAGCUCGGCCUCAACUCGACCGAUGAUGUAAAGAUUGCGCAGCGCAUCACAGGGCGGAAUGUCAAGGACAGGCUGUUGACUUGGGCCGGAGCUGGCGGACAAUUCUCUGUUAUCGCUGGGCCUGCUAAGAUUAGUUGA